AAAACCGGAAGCUCAUCCGCGAGACCAAUUAGCGGCGACAGUCUCACAUAAUCAAUUCACCAAUUAAUUCAGCUGAAACGGAAUCGGAGAUUCGCAUCUAAAAGCGUUGGGUGUUCUCUCUGCAGAUGGACGCUGUAACUAGCGUUUUUACGAUUCUCUCUCAUUAAUCGACUAUCAGUUCAAAGCUUUUACUAAAGGUCUCUUGCUGAAUGGGUGGUAAUUUCUUGUAAAGUGACGGGAUCUUGUGAUAACAAUGUGUAGAGCUGGAUGACCACGAGAAGCAUCUGAGGAGCAGGAAAGCUGACUUUUCGGGCCUAGGCCCUUUUCGGCCCGAAACGUCAGUUUUUCCUGCUCCUAAGAUGCUGCUUGGCCUGCUGUGUUUAUCCAGCUCGACCGCCUUGUUAUCUUGGAUUCUCCAGCAUCUGCAGUUCCCACUAUCUCGAGGAUCUUGCGAUAGGUCAACGCUUCUGUGCUUCCCUGAUUGGUCGAACGGUUGUAUAGCGGAUGUACAAUCAUCUUUUGUCCCCUGGCCAAUUACCGUAGGUUCUUAUAGGUCAGAGCCAGAUACCUGGUGGUGAUUGGUUUCUGGAUGAUCACCGGGCCGCCGACACCGGGCACGGAUUGGUCAGGGCCGUGCGCGGGGCCGCAGCGCGCGCUGCGCGAGGCGGCUUUCAAACGGCCGGCGGCGUUGCCAUGGAUCCGAAUGGCGCUGUUGUUACGGCAGAAUGAGUGGGAGCUGCAAAGUUGUUUCCAGCUGCAGUUCCCUCUCUUACACAAGUUCCUGUGUUUCAAAAGUGAUACCAGAUGAGGACCAUGAUGCCAGUGUAAAUACUGAGUAUUCCCAGGCGGAUGCACUUAACGUCUUUGUGGAGAAAGUUAAGCCUGGUCCUCAGCGUCAUUUGAACUUUUCAGUGCAUAUCGAAUAAUGAAAGGACAAUAUCAGAGACUUAAGUGCACUUUGGGUGAUAGUGAGACUGUGAAAGCGUUCUAUUAUUUGGCAACAUAAGUUGGUAGAAUGUCCUCGUGUCUGUACGAAUGUCUGCGUGAAGCCGGAUUGGCGCAGUAUUACACUCGCGUCACAGCAAUGGGUUUUCUGAAGUCGCAAGAUCUGGUUAAGCUGACCGUGAAUGAUUAUUCUGUGCUGGGGAUGCACGAUAUGCGUGAUCAAAAACGAUUAUUCCAACUCAUUCAAAUUAUAAAAGCUGUACAAAAUGAGGACCACGAUACCAGUGCAAGUACUGAAUGCUCCCAGGCAGGUGCACUUAAUGUCUUUGUGGAGAAAGUCAAGCCUGGCCCUCGACGUCAGUUGAACUUUGAGUGCAUAUCCAAUAAUGAAAGGAGCAAUAACAGUCAACUUUCUGAACCCAGUAGCCAUCCUCAGCUAUCAUCUUGUGAAAAUCAUCUUCAGGACACUCCUUCAGGAUUGUCAAAACCUCCUUCACCAGUUGACCAGCUACCUGUCAAAUUAUGUCGUAAGGAAAUGCACUCUCUUCCUGAGAAGGAGGAUAAUUACUCAACAAUUCAAAAUACAAAAACGAUUUUGCAUGUUUCAGGAUAUAAUUAUGGACUACCACAUUCAGUCUCAAGGCCUGCGAGUCCUGGGAAAGCACAGACGUGGACAGAGACUGAAAAAAUCCAUGUUUGUGUUCGAAAGCGACCAUUGCGAGUACGAGAAGUGAGACGUGGAGAAAUUGAUGUCGCAAAAGUGGAAGAAAAUAAAUCUGUCCUUAUUCAUGAGAAAAAAGAAGCGGUUGAUUUGAAGCAGUACCUCCAACAACAUGUUUUUUAUUUUGAUGAAGCAUUUGAGGAGACUUGUACCAAUUAUGAUGUGUACUUGAAGACUGCUUACCCCCUCAUCCAGCAUGUUUUCAGUGGUGGAAUGGCAACAUGUUUUGCGUACGGACAAACGGGAGCUGGAAAAACCUAUACUAUGAUUGGAACUGAUCAAAAUCCAGGGCUUUAUGCGCUUGCUGCUGAGGACAUCUUCAUGCACUUGCAGACAUCUGAGCAAGACAGAGCUCUUUUCAUCUGGAUAAGCUUCUAUGAGAUAUAUUGUGGCCAACUAUAUGACUUGCUCAAUAUGCGAAAAAAACUGUUUGCCAGGGAAGAUGGCAACCACACAGUACAAAUUGUGGGAUUGCGUGAAAUUCAAGUGGAUGCAGUGCAAUCUUUGUUAGAGGUGAUUUCUUGGGGCAGUAAAGCACGGAGUACUGGUGCUUCCGGGAUAAAUGCAGAUUCCUCACGAUCACAUGCUAUUAUUCAAAUCCAGCUUAAAAACCUAAACAGUACAAUUGUCGGAAGGAUUUCUUUCAUUGACCUAGCUGGGAGUGAGAGAGCUGCUGAUGCCAGGGAUUCCGACAAACAAACUAAAAUAGAAGGAGCUGAAAUAAAUCAGAGUCUCUUGGCUCUAAAAGAGUGCAUUCGAGCUUUGGACCAGGAGCAUCCUCAUACACCCUUUAGGCAAAGCAAGCUUACAUUGGUAUUGAAAGACUCAUUUGUUGGAAAUUCUAAAACCUGUAUGAUUGCUAAUAUAUCACCUAGCCAUGUAGCCACAGAACAUACACUGAACACUUUACGCUAUGCAGACAGGGUAAAAGAACUGAAGAGAGGAACCAAAACAUCCAGCGCAAUAUAUACUGGAUGUCAAGGAGUUAGAAGUCCAUCUCCAAAACGUACUAAAGAAACACCUUGUACAACAUGGAGAGAAAAACCAAUGCAGAAAAAUAUGAAAUUGAGAAUUGAACAGUCUCCUUGUGAGACUAAAAAUACAGUGCAGCCAAAAUCAACAUCAUCAGCUUUUCAUUCACCUAAUGUACUUCUGUGUUCCACAUCAAAAAUGGCAAAUAAAAAUGUGCUUUUGCAGGCCAGCUCAAAGGACAUGUGGCUCAGCUACACUACAACUAAUAAAGAAAUCCUUAAGACAGGUUCAUUAGAUAUCAAAAAAUGUUCAAAAGAUAAGAGUUCAACUGAGAAGAGCUGUAUUACUAAAGAGUGUUUUCUCACUAACCCCAAAACUGGAAAAUCCAAAAUAAUUCAACAUAGACAAAAAAAAGAUUUAAUUUCAGAAAAUCAAUCUUACAUAUCUAGAAAUGUGAAAGUUCAAGCUGUUUAUCCCAUUCAGAAAGAAAUAAUUUCAAAAACCAGAUUUCACUGUACUGAACAGGUAAUAAAUAAUUGUUCAUCCAAUAAAAGAAAUUCUGAGAAUUUUGGAAAUGAGUCUCCCAAGACUCCAGAGUCAACUGUCAAUAUACACCUUCUGCAAAAGGAACGGGAAAGACAUUUGCGCCUUUAUCAUCAACAACUCCAACAACUUCAACAGUCACCAUUGACACAAAAGAAGCUUUGCUAUCAACCCUUGAAGGAACUUCUCGGGCACAUCUAUCAACCUAAGAUUAGAAUGAAUGAUGAGGAAAUUAAAUGCAUUUCAUCACUGCGCUGUGAUGUCCAAAGGUCAGAUAAUCAGAAUGAAUAUAGUAGUAAUUGUGAUUCAUCUUAUGAUUAUCAAUGUCUGAAUGAUAGAGAAAAUCAGAUUGAUGAUAAUCAACCGAUCUUCUGUGAAGUAUCAAAAGGAGAACUAAAAGAAAGAAAUCAUGUUCAAGAAUUUUUGCUUUGUCAAAAUCAGCAUAUUAGCCCAAAGGUAGAAGACAACAAUAAGAUCACAUCUCUGUGGAAUACAGGUGAAGACUGCACAGUUGCCCAUUCAUCAGGAGUCAACCCCAAACAAACAGCGUACAUACAAAACAGUAUUGGUCAAGAGCACUUGAAUCAUUUAUCAACUGACUCCAAAAACACUGCACGGAAUAGAAAUCAACAUCUUUCAAGUUACCAACAAGAUGACAGUGCUGCUCCUUCACAACAUGCUCAAAUGAACAGUAAUUUGUCUCUUGAUUUAAAAGCUACCAAAGCUAGAGAUACCACUUCAUUUCAGUCUAGUACAGCUAUUGAUUCCGAUUUGACAUUGCAAUCUCCAUUAAAAAGGGUAAUAAAAGAUGUGCAGAUGUGUGAUUUCACAAAUAACAUAAUUUCAUCCACUGACAUCAUUUCCGAAGAUUUAUUGUCUGUUUCAGAUUGCCAGCCUUCUGUAGAGAAGCCACCAUUAAAGGUUACAAUUCCUCUCAAUGAAGAAUUGAUAAUAUCAUCUAAUCAGCUUUCUGCUGAGAUGGAUGUUUCACUGGUCCAUCCAUGUAACAAAGCUCAAGUUUCAUCACCACCGUUCGGUUAUAUUGGAAAAUGGAUGGCUGAAUCACAUGACCAUCUUGAUCAAGGUCAGAAAUUUCAACCAGGUCCAUUCUUUCAGAAGAAACAUAUUUGUUGCAAUCAAAAUUAUAUUUGGAAUGAUGAAAUUGAAGUGCCAAUGUCUGUACAAGGUAAAAAUAACCAGUGUUCAAGUAUUAAUGAUCCAGAGUCUAAUUGUAAAGACAGCAACAUUUUAACAAUGAAUUCACUAACUUUGUCAACGAAAAACAGGAAAGACUUUCAAAAGCAACAAAAUCAAGAAGCAUCAGUUGAUGCCUCACCAUGUGGAAACCUGCUUUCCAGUGGCACUAACCACACAAGUGAAUGUAACUCUUACAAACAAGGGGUUAAAUGCUCUAAAAGUGAAUUUUGUGCUGACACUGAAGGAAAUGAAAUUAGUUCUUCCAUUUUACACUUGAAUUGUGGUGCAUCUUCCUCUGCUGAGGAUGAAACCAUGGCAUAUCAUUGUUGUUCAAAUGCUGGUGUGCAGAACACUACAGAUUUGUUUGUGAAUCAAAUGACUAUUUCAGAUAUCAUGUCAAACCCAACAAUUUCCAGUAAUGAAACAACAGAACAGAUUAAAAAUCCUGGACUGAAAGAACCAAAUCAAGAAACAAAUGAUUUGGAAGCUGUAAGAAACACUGGAGAGACUCUUGAAGGGGACCACAAUGAAUUUCAACUUCAGUGCAAGUCCAAUCAUAAGGACUUGAUAGAUACAUUUAAAGAAAAAUUACUUCAGAAUACGUCUGUUCAGUUUAGCAAUAUUUCUGCAGAACAAGAUUCCGUUCCUACUUUCCAAGAGUCUAUUAACCAUAAUAUAAUUAAUAACAGAGCAACUGGCCAUGCAGAUGAUAACCAAUCUAGAGGUUUAAAUUCUCAACACCUGGAGGCAGUGGAAAAAGUGCAGAAACUUAUUGUCCAAGCCCAUUGUGAACAUCUAGAAGACAUGCUGGGUCUUUUUGAAAAGGAAGAAUGUCUGCUGAACAAACUAAGUAUGCUGGAUUUCAAAGAUUAUAUGACACAAGUGGAAGAGAUCCUGAUGCAAAAAAACAAAUGCAUUGAACGCAUGCAAGGACAGAUCCAUAAGUACCACAUUCAUGCUGGGACAGUUUGUAACAACUCAAACACCAAGUCAUCUGUAUCUUAGCUUUAGUAUUACAUACGGGCAUACACUGGAAGUAUGAAGUAUUUGAACUGCCAAACUUCGGCCACAAAGGACGACCAAGAAACUAAUAUGGAAAGAAGAACAGAAUAUAAAUGCAAUCUAUCAAAAAGCAUAAAAACAGACUGUAAAAGCUUCUAUAGGAAUGUGAAAAGGUAACAUUUGCUGUGGGGUGGCAUAGUGGUUCAGUGGUUAGCACUGCUGCCUCACAGCACCAGGGCUACAGGUUCAUUUUCACCUUGGGCAACUGUCUAUGUGGAGUUUGCUUAUUCUCAUGUCUGUAUGCAGUUCCUCCCACAAUGCAAAGGUAUGCAAGUUAGGUGGAUUGGCCAUGCUAAACUGUCCUGUACUGUCCAUGGAUACAUAGACUAGGUGGAUUAGCCAUAAGAAAUGACGGCUUACAGGGACAGGAUAGGGGGGAAGGGCUGGGUAGGAGGCUCUUUGGAGGAUUGGUGUGGACUCAAUAGGCCGAAUGCCCUGUUUCCACACUAUAGGGAUUCCAUGAUUCAAGAUGAACAUGGGUCCAUUAGAAGCAUAGUCUAUAGAAUUUAUAAUGGAGGAAAACAGAAGUAGCAGAGAAGCUAAAUGGUUACUUUGUAUUUGUUUUCACAGAGGAUGAUACAAGAAAUAUCUCAGAAUUAGAGAACCAAAAGACUAGGAAGAAUAACAGGGUUAGAAUUAAAAGACUGUUACCAAAGAAACUAAAUGGGCUGAAAGUUGCUAAAUCCUCAGGACUUGACAGUCCCAGAGUGUUAAGUGAGGGGCCUAUAGAUUUGAUUCCUUACAGCGUGGAAACAGGACCUUUGGCCCAAAAAGUCCACACUGCCCCUUCAAGCAUCCCACCCAGACCCAUGCCCCUAUAACCCACACACCCCUGAAUACCACAGGCAAUGUUAGCAUGGCCAAUCCACCUAGCCUGCACAUCUUUGGACUGUGGGAGGAAA